UAAGAUUUUGCAGCAUCAGUUCAUUUGUAAUAUUCUAGCGAAGAGAUUUAUCAGUUUAAUUCAACUAUAGCUGUAAAAGCAACCAUCAGAGUUCAUCAUGAAGAGCAUUUUACUAUUUUCAAUUGUUUUGGCAGUAGCUUCUGCAGCAACAAUUCAAAGGACUCGAAGAGAUACUAAUCAACCUGCUCAAGAGGCAACUGCUUUUGAAAAUAUUGUAGCAUCAUUCCAAACUGUUGGAGAUAAUUUAAAAUCUUCACUUGAAAAAGCUACCAAAGAGUUUCAAGAAAAGAAUCCAGAAGUACAGAAGUUGUUAGAUACCGCGAAAUCUUCAAUCCAAAAGAGCGUUGAAGACUUCAAUAAACAAUUUCCCGAUGCACAGGAAAAAUUUAAAGAACUCCAAACAAAAGGCCAGGAAGCUCUCUCAGUCGUGGUGAAAGAAGCUGAAAAAACAUAUAAAAAUGUCAGUGAUCAAUUAAAAACAGCAAUAGAAACAAAAAACUAAAAAUUAAAAAGAGAAAACGACAUUCUUUAAUAAAGAGAACAAACAGUAAAUAAAUGCACUUGUCAAAGAAUUUGAAAUCAAUAUUGUACGAAUUAUAUCUCGUAUUAAAAAAAAACUUGAUAUAAACAAAGUGCUUUUAAUGCUGUAUAAAAUUAUUUCUAAAGAACUAUUGUUUUAUACAAAAUAAAUAAAUAAAGUAAACGAAUUGUUACCACAAAAA